CCGCCCAAAACGGAGCCUUCGUACACCGAGAGGAUAGAUUGGGAGGUGGAGACGGAAGAGGAGAACAGCCUGGUGCGCGUGGAUGAUACAUUCCGGGAGAAGAGGCGGAAAAGCGUGCAGAAAGCGCCGGCGACGUCGAUGAUCCUGGAUCCCUUAGACGACAGUGAGAUAUUCUGAGAAGAAUGGAAAGAAUUACAAAGUGUGUGUGUGUGCCAGAGCGCCGUGCGUUCUCAUUUGUCGGGGGUAUAAAACGGUGAAGCAAGAACACAAGCCGCGCGAUGCGAUGCGAUGCGAUGCGAUGCGAUGCAAAGCACAACAAAAAAAGCGCCGCCCAGAUGCCCUGAAUCCUUCCAACUCCUUCGCUAAUGCCCACAAUCCCGGCGGCAAAGACCUCCCAGCGCCCCAUCUGUGUGGGACUGCCGGUGAGAUGCCACCAUCCCAUCCGCGACGGCGUACCGUUCCAUCCCAGGCGCCCAUUCCUGGUGCGCCGACCACCUUCCAUCCUCCGCGACGGCCCUCACUGCAUCUCCGACGAGGAGGAGAACCCUGCCGGCAGGGUGCGCAGGGGAGUUGUCCAGGCAGACGCCGACGACGCCGGGCCGAACAACUCCGAAAAAGCGGCCGCAUCCUGCUGCGCCGUCCUCUUCUCCUCCGCCUCCUGCCAGGCCUUCCACGCCACCAACAGCUGCUGCUCGGCGACGCCGAGCUCGGCGGCCUUCCUCCUCUUCUCCUCCUCCUCCGUGUCCUCCUCCGCCUCCUUCUCCUCCUCCUCCUCCGCCGACACGGCCGCAUCUCCGCCGGCGACGACAGGCUGGGCCAGGGCCGCGGUGUACUGCCCCGCCAGAUCGUCAUCGCGCGCGGUCCAGGGAAGGUCCGCGGCGGCGGCGGCGGCGUCGGCAUCCAGGCCCUCCAACCCGAGAUCCAUCCCGACGUCCUGAUCGUAAUCCAUCAGGGCGUCGAGCUGCUCCGCCGACAUCAAAUCGGGCUCCGUGGACGCCGCCAUCGGACCCGUCGCUUCGCCCAAAUCCAUCUGCCACAUCCCCACACCAAACAAGGCAUCCGUGGGCGCCGCCAGCAGACCCUCCGCUUCGCCCAUUCCUCCCAGCUGCUCACUGAGAAAGGCAUCCAUGGACGCCGCCAUGGAAUCCUCCGCUUCACCCGGGAAUUCCUCCUCUUCCGCAUCGCCCUCGAAGACGAUGGGAUUCGUGGCCGUCGCGCCCAUUCCCGACGAGCCAGGCUGGACUGGCAGAGAGCCGGAGGGCGCGAAGACGGCGGGGACGGCGGCCGGGGCGCCGAGAGGGGCCAGGCCGGCAAGGGUUGGCGCCAGAGCGGGCGCGGGGGCAAGGGGGGCGGCGGCGGCGGUCGGGGCCACUCCCAUCGAGCCAGGCUGGACUGGCAGAGGGGCGGGAGUGGCCGGGUUGACCGGCAGGAGGACCUGGUCAGGGACAGCGGGCUCAGGGAGCCCGUUCUCCCUGGCCUGCUUGUGGGCCUCGAAGGCCUCGACGCCGAUCGGGCCGGCAGGUCUCCAGGCCUGCGCCCAGCCCGGGAGGACGGACAGGGGCGGCAGGGUCUUGGGGUCGGUCCCCUGCGGCACGCGGAGAUACGGCGAGACGGUCAGACCGCCGCUCUUGUAUCCCCAGGUGUCGGCCUCCUCCUGCAGCGUCACCGGCCGCGGCACCUCCCACUUCUGCUCGGCGUACGUGCUGUCGCACGUACGCCCGCCCCUGAAAUCCAAGUGACGGUUGAACUCAAAGGCGUUCGGGAAGCCUUUGGAGCAGAAGGCGCACACGGCCUUGCAGAGCCGCCUGGGCCAGAGGUUGUGCUCGCUGCACUAUGGAAGGCGUCAGUUGGAAAACAGGGGGAUGAGAAAGAGGGGAAGGCACUCACCAUGUGGCCGCGCAUGGAGGCCUCGUCCGCGAACACACGCUCCCUGCAGCCGUAUCGGCAGCGGAAGGCGUGUGUGACGCCCUUGCGGUCCCGCAGCGCCUGCUUCCCGGACCGGGGAGGACCCGCUUGGGCGACCGGAGCAGGGGCGGGAGCGGCGCGAGGAGCCGGUGCGCGGGCGGCGGCGCGGACGUUCUCUGGAACCAAUGUGUCAGCCAAAAAUGUGGAGAAAGGGAAGCGCGCCAGCCUCGUGGCCAGCGGAAACGCUGAGAAGCGCCGUUUCAGACAAGGAAAUGGGGGAGGAAACUUACGAAUUUGCCCUUGGGCCGGGCCGGCGAGAGGGGCGGUCUCUGUUGGAAGGCGUCAGCCGCAAACGUCGUUGGGUGGAACGCGACAGCCUCAUGGCCCAUCUUCGACGAUGAGAUGUGCCAUUUGGCCGUCGAGGGCUGGGUGGAAAACGUACGAGCUGGCACCUGUGGUGCCGCCGAGUAUUGCACUCCCAGUGCCGCGGUCUGGGAGCCAGUGUCUGCAAUGCGACGUCAGUACAUUGGAAGCAGCGUCAAUAAGGCUGAGAUGGUUGCACUUACGAGCCGUGCCGCCGCACGGGGGAGGGGCGGAGGAGCGGGCGGUGGCCCAGGGAGCGACGGCGGGGGGAGGGGGGGAAGAGAUGCCCAGGGGAAGGGCAGAGGCAGGGGUAAGGCGAGGGCGAGGAGGAAGUGCAAUCCCGUGGUAGAGGCCAGGGACAGGGGCAGGGGCAGGGGCAGGGGC